GAUGCCUCAGCUGCAAUCAACAUGGAGCUAAUGUAAAGGGAAGAAAGUCAGACAGACAAGGAAAAGCAGAGAGGAGGGGUUAGAUGAGGCAAGAAUGUAAAAAUAGAUGAAUCAAAUGAAAAGAAAAAAGUAAAGACUGCAGAAGAAGGCGGUAAAAAAAAAGGAAUACACCCUCACAGGAGCCGGUGAGACAGAGAGACAAAAGGUAACUGGAAACAAGGAAAAGAAGGAGAACACUAACAAAGGAAUAACAACAGAAGAAAGAAGUGACAGAGGCCCAGGAACAUUUGUGAAAACCUCCUCUCGUCAGCCAUGGAGCUGAUCUUCAACUGUGCCCUGUUUCUACUUCUGAGCCUUCACACUUGUACAAUCAUGGGAGGCAGAGCCCAGCGCAGACAACGACAAGCUGAGGAGAGCCUGAGACCGUAUAUUGGCAGAGUAGAGCCAGAAAAGCUUUGUGAGCUGCUGAAAUGCCGCACUCCAGUGGGAUCCUGGUGCCAGGUAGUUCAGGAAAAUGGAGUUCUUAUCCCCAAGUGUGUUUGUCCUCAGUCCUGUCCACGGCAGAGGGCACCAGUGUGCAGUGUUCUAGGAAAGACCUAUGGGAAUGAGUGUUUGCUGCAUAAAGAAGCCUGCAGAAAGAGACGCCGCACCGGACUAGCUCACACAGGACCCUGUCUGGUCCCUAAGGCUAUAUGUACUGAGGAGGAGUUAAGCCAGUUUCCAUAUCGUCUUCUGGACUGGUUCCUGCUCCUGAGUCGUAUGGGGGAGUCCUAUGUACCUUCUACCCCGCCCCAGAGCUGCCUCAGCCAUGCCCAGAGGACACAACUAGCACAGCAAAGAUUUAUCGCGUUGGACAAGAACAACGAUAGCAAGUUGAGCCGCCGGGACCUGAGGAAGCUGCGUUAUAAGAGGAUGCCACUGGAGCACUGUGCUACACCAUUCUUUCAGUCAUGUGAUCAGAACCGGAACAGGAAAGUGACCCUGCAAGAGUGGACGACCUGUCUGGUGGAUCGCUCCGAGGACUGGUUCUACCAUUUCAUGUCAAUGAGAAUGGGGUCCCGCAAGCUGUGUCCUACAAUCAAAGAGAACCACCUUUGAAAUGAAAAACAGCCAUGAACUCCUUUCUUCUUUUUUACAUUUCUGUAAAAGAACCUUUCGGAGAUAACAGCACCAUAGUUACCAAAUAUAAAAGCUAUACAAUUGGAAUCUCUACACACUGUUUACGCAUCAGUUUCACGCCAGUAUUCAUGCUCGUAACAUAAGGAUUUAUAACCCCAUCAAAUCUGAAAGUCUGCUGGUUGUCUGUUCAUUCAUCUGUGUAAAUAAAUGUCUGAACGGACUGACA